AAUGUAACAAUUCAACAAACCCAUCUGGGUUUUGGUACCUCUAAUCUUCAAAAAACCAAUCUUUUUGGUGAUUUUUAAGGAAGGUAAACAUCAUUCAGCACAUGACAUUAUUUCCAAUUUUCCAAGCCAACUUUCACUGUUUUCCAUCUUUUUUUUGUCCUUUUAAAGAACUGGUUGUUGCUUAGGAUUCAAGUUCUCUUUUUAAUUCAUCUCUUUGCUUUCCCUUUUCUCUAUCUUAUCUUUCACUAAGAAUUGGUUAUCUAACUUUUUCCUUUGUCACAAUAAAAGAAAAAGGCUCUGUUUUUUCUUGCUAGCUGAUGGCAAUUAAGGGUCCAACUUGGAAUAACCUUUUGUCUCCCGUAAUUUGGUGACUGUGCAUUAAAUUUGGUGCUGUUUCUGAUCUGGGGAUUCAUCAGAUUCUAUUGUUUCUGCAUAUUCUUCAUUCUUUUUUUCUGUAAUAUUGGUUGCGGAUGUUUCCAGUUUCCUGAUAUUGAUAUGAAUAUGAGAUGUGGUUACAUUAAGGCCACUGAGAGCCACACAUGUGUGAAUUCUGGGGAAUUGAAUUCUGAUACAUGGGGAAAAGUUACUUGAUUGGGAAUUCCAGGCAACAGGCUGCCGGUUGGGUAGCGAAUAGCAUUUCACAUAAUGGGUUGGCUGACCAAGAUUCUUAAAGGUUCAAGUAAUAAAGGUCGAUAUUAUGGGAGACAUGGAGAUGAUAGAACUUGGGAUGAGCCUCGCCGUUCAGAAGAAGACUCAGAUGGUUUUGACAAAGGUGAAAUUGAUUGUGCUAUUGCACUUUCCCUUUCAGAAGGAGAUGCAAAAGGCAAGAAAGUGAUAGAAGAUGAAUCUGAACCGGAGGAGGAAUCUGACAAGGAUGAUCGAGAUGCUAAAGCUUAUGUAGAGAAGGAGGAUGACCAAUAUGCCGAAGCUCAUGGGAAGAAGGAAGAAGACAUAUAUGCUAAAGCUCAUGUCGAGGACGAUGAUGACUACUAUGCCAAAGUGCAACAGGAAGAAGAUGAAGAACGUGCUAAAGUUCAAUUGGAAGAAGACGAACAGCUUGCUAAGGCUAUUCAAGAAAGUUUGAGUGUGGAGUCUCCACCUCGUUACGGUCAUGGGGGCUUAUUUUCACCUUAUCCAUUCUUCUUCCCAGCUAGUUACAGAAUCUGUGCUGGUUGCAACGCUGAGAUUGGUCAUGGACGAUACCUGAGUUGCAUGGGUGCUGUUUGGCAUCCAGAAUGUUUUCGCUGCCAUGCUUGUGGCCAGCCAAUUAAUGAUUAUGAGUUUUCAGUGUCUGGGAAUCGCCCUUUUCAUAAGUCCUGCUAUAAGGAGCAGCAUCAUCCAAAAUGUGAUGUUUGCAAGAAAUUUAUUCCGACAAAUCCAGCUGGUCUUAUUGAGUACAGGGCACAUCCCUACUGGAUGCAAAAGUACUGCCCCUCGCAUGAGCGUGAUGGCACUCCUCGCUGUUGUAGCUGUGAAAGAGUGGAGCCAACGGAUGCAAAAUAUAUAUCACUGGAUGAUGGUCGGAAGCUGUGUCUAGAGUGUCUAGAUUCUGCAAUAAUGGAUACUCAUGAAUGCCAACCUCUUUACCUUGAAAUCCAAGAAUUUUAUGAAGGAUUAAAUAUGAAAGUGGAACAACAGGUUCCUCUACUUUUGGUUGAGAGGCAAGCUCUAAAUGAGGCCAUGGAGGGAGAAAAGAAUGGGCAUCAUCACUUACCAGAAACUAGAGGACUCUGCUUGUCAGAAGAACAGACUGUUACCACAGUCUUAAGGAGGCCAAGGAUUGGGGCAGGCUAUCGGUUCAUAGACAUGAUAACUGAGCCUUACAGGCUAACUCGUCGAUGUGAAGUUACAGCUAUUCUCAUUUUGUAUGGCCUUCCAAGGUUGCUGACAGGAUCGAUCCUAGCUCAUGAGAUGAUGCACGCCUGGCUUAGGCUUAAAGGUUAUCCCAGUCUGAGUCCAGAAGUUGAGGAAGGUAUAUGUCAGGUUCUGGCUCACAUGUGGUUGGACUCCGAGAUCUAUGCUGCAUCGGGAAGUGGCGUUGCUUCAUCCUCAUCAUCAUCUUCUUCUUCAUCAUCUUCACCAUCAUCAUCGUCCUCAUCAACAUCAUCAAAGAAAGGCAAGCGCUCUGAUUUCGAGAAGAAACUCGGUGGUUUUUUUAAGCACCAGAUAGAAUCAGAUACAUCCACAGCUUAUGGAGAGGGAUUUAGGCAAGGUGAUCGAGCAGUGACCAAGUACGGCCUUAAAAGAACCCUUGAUCAUAUUCGGAUGACCGGAAGCUUUCCUUACUGAUUUUCAAAGUGAACAAAUAACCGGUCUUCCCCUUUACAUCAUUCAAGAACCGGGUUCCUAUCUUAUUAAAUCUUAUACCAUCCAAAGCCUUACAGAUUAAUAUAUGAUAGAACUGAAUAAGCAAAAUGAAAAUGUCCAUUUGCGACUACUGUAAUUUUUCUCCCUCACGUAGUAUGUUACUAGUUACUGCACUGUACUUCAGUACUGGUGACCAUAAGCAAUAGAAUACCACAAAUACAUAUAUAGUAUUUCACAUUGUGCACCUUU